UGGUGGCGGCGGUGGUGGGAGGGUGGCGUGGUGGGGAGGUUGGGCCACCUCCUGGUCACGGUGUUCCUGUCGGAGUUUGCGUCGUUCACGGUGACGCCGGUGAUGCCAGAUGUCACCAUGGACGCCAUCUGCCCCUCCCAAGACCACUGUUCUCUCGCUAUCUUCUUAUCCGGCUUCCAACAGGCUGUGACGGGAGUGGGGUUGGUGGUGAUGAUGCCGGUGAUAGGGAGGUGGUCGGAUGUGUACGGCAGGAAAGCACUAAUGACUGUUCCCAUGACGGCGUGCAUCGUGCCGGUGGCCAUACUGGCGGUGCGGAGGACGGAGAAGUUUUACUAUGCCUACUUCGUCUGCCGCACCCUGUCUGGGAUUGUGUGUGAUGGGGCAAUUCAAUGCCUGGCUCUUGCUUAUGUGGCCGACAGGACAACCGAUGGGCAGAGGGCUUCCGCUAUCGGGAUACUGGCUGCCAUUGGUUCUGCUGCUUUCGUCUGUGGAACAUUAGCUGCUCGCUUCUUCUCUACUCCCCACAUCUUUAUGUUUGCCACAGUUGUAUCAUUGGUGGCCGCCGUGUACAUGAGAAUAUUCCUUUCAGACACAACACCUUGCUGCUGCUGCUGUAAUAUGAUUCAAAGUGAUGCCACUGCGAACCGUCUUGGGAAGACGUCAGAACCUGAAAAAGCCACAGAAAAUGGUAGUGCUCCACUGUUGCUGGACUAUCAUCAUCAUCAUCAUCAUCAUCACAAACAGCAGAAAAAUCAAGGUGCACCUAAUAACACAACGAUCUUCAACAAGAAACCUCCGUCCCCAGUCGACAUUUUUCGCUUUCUCAAGAACAGCGGUUUAAUGUUUUCACUAGCAGCAUCCAUCGCCUUCUUAAAUAGUGUGGCAGAAGGAGGAGAGCAAGCUCCCUUCCAGUACUACCUAAAAGCCCGAUUUCACUUCAAGAAAAACAACUUUGCUGAUAUAAUGCUGAUUAACAACCUGGGAUCAACCCUCUCACAGCUAUUGCUGUUUCCAAUGUUGGCACCUUUAGUUGGAGAGGAGGUUUUGCUUUGCAUUGGACUCUGUGCCGGAUUCUGUAACAUGUUUGUGAACAGCAUAGCAUGGUCAAUUUGGGUUCCAUACGUUGCUUCUCUGUUCCCAAUCUUGAUUUCCUUGGUAAAACCAGGGCUACAAACCAUUGUUUCUAAACAAGUUGGAAGGAAUGAGCAGGGAACUGCCCAAGGCUGCAUUUCGGGCUUAAGUUCAUUUGGUAACAUCAUAUCUCCCCUCAUAUUCAGCCCCUUGACCGCUCUGUUCCUAUCAGAUGCGGCUCCUUUCCCGUAUCAAGGAUUCAGCAUCUUGUGUGUCGGCAUUGCUUGGCUGAUAGCUUUCGUUCCGGGUGCAAUGAUGGUAAAGCUAGCUCCUCUUACUCCUCAUCCACCCAUCAUCCCCGUUGUCCCAUCCUCUGAUCUAUCCGUCGUUCUAUAGUGUUCCUUCACUCAUGUUAUCAAUGAAUGAAGCUAUAUAUUGUAAAUUAAGGAGUUCCCGGAAAAUGCUCGACUUUAACCAUCACUAUAGUCACACACAUUGUGUAUAUUGUGUGUGUGUGGUACAUUGUGGUGUCAAAUUUAGCACCUAGCAUAAAUUAUUACUACCAUU